GGUAUGAAAAAAUCAGCAAGAGGAUCACAGAACCUAACAGCAGCCUGUCUGCAGUGCAGUUCUCUCCCUUCUGCUGGACUAACACAGAGAGAAGCCACCAAAACUGAUCGACAGCAAGUGGAGAAAGAAAUCCAAAUUCAUACUGAAGAAAAAUGUUUGGAAUGUGGCAAACAAUUCAUACAAAAAAGUGAUCUUAAUAAGCAUAUGAAGAUUCACAAUGGAGAAAAAGCACAUUGUUGUCAUGAAUGUGGUAAGUCGUUCUCACGUAUAAGCAAUCUUCAGACACACAGAAGAAUCCACACAGGAGAAAAACCCCAUUGCUGUCCAGAAUGUGGUAAGUUGUUCUCAAGGAGAAGCCAUCUUCAGAGGCACAGAAGAAUCCACACAGGAGAAAAUCUUCAUUGCUGCCCAGAAUGUGGUAAAUCGUUCUCAAGUAGAAGGCAUCUUCAGAGUCACAGAAAAAUCCACACAGGAGAAAAACUUCAUUGCUGCCCAGAAUGUGGUAAAUCGUUCUCAAGUAGAAGGAAUCUUCAGAGUCACACAAGAAUCCACACAGGAGAAAAACCUUAUUGCUGUUCAGAGUGUGGUAAAUCGUUCUCACGUAUAACCACUCUUCAAACACACAGAAGAAUCCACACAGGAGUAAAACCUCAUUGCUGUUCAGAAUGUGGUAAGUCGUUCUUAAGGAGAAGCCAUCUUCAGAAUCACAGAAGAAUCCACACAGGAGAAAAACCCCAUUGCUGUUCAGAAUGUGGUAAGUCGUUCUCAAGGAGAAGCCAUCUUCAGAGUCACAGAAGAAUCCACACAGGAGAAAAACCCCAUUGCUGUUCAGAAUGUGGUAAGUUGUUCUCAAGGAGAAGCCAUCUUCAGAGGCACAGAAGAAUCCACACAGGAGAAAAACCCCAUUGCUGUUCAGAGUGUGGUAAAUCAUUCUCACUUAUAAGCUAUCUUCAGAACCACAGAAGAAUCCACACUGGAGAAAAACCUCAUUGCUGUUCAGAAUGUGGCAAGUCGUUCUCAAGGAGAAGCGAUCUUCAGAUGCACAUAAGAAUCCACACAGGAGAAAAACCUCAUUGCUGUCCAGAAUGUGGUAAAUCAUUCUCACGUAUAAGGUCUCUUCAGACGCACAGAAGAAUCCACACAGGAGAAAAACCUCAUUGCUGUCCAGAAUGUGGUAAAUUGUUCUCAGGUAGAAGGCAUCUUCAGAGUCACAGAAUAAUCCACAGAGGAGAAAAACCUCAUUGCUGUUCAGAUUGUUGUAAGUCGUUCUCCAAAAGUAGCCAUCUGCAGAGGCACAGAAGAAGCCACACAGGAGAAAAACCUUAUUGUUGUCCAGAAUGUGGAAAACAAUUUUCUAACAAACUCAGUUUUCAAAGGCACACAGAAAUUGAUAUUGGAGAGAAGGCAUAUUGCUGUUCUCAAUGUGGAAAAAUGUUUUUCAACAGUACGUGUUUUCGAGUACACACACAAACUCACACUGAAGAUAAAAUGCAGUAUGUCUGUUCUGAAUGUGGCAAAUGUUAUGCAAACAAGAAAUGUCUUCAUAGACACACCAAAAUCCAUACUGGAGAAAAAUAUUUUAGUUGUCCUUAAUGGGGGAAACGAUUCUUAUACUUAAGUGUA